AUGUUUUCCCGCACGCCAGGAGCGCUCCGCCUGUGUGCCCGUGCGUACCAUUCGAUUUCUCAUCCAGCGUCCAAUGUCAUCGUGCACAGCAAGUCCCCCGAGGCCGUGUUGUUUUCCAAGGCCAUCGAGCACGUGCCCCGGCACGGGUUCUCCAAAACCGCCAUUGACGCUGCGGUGGCGGACUUGCAGUUCCUGGACCUGAUCCAGAGCGCCAUCUCGGCGUCCCUGGGCCGCUCCAUGGAGUUCCUGUUUGUACUCUUCUGGCUCAAGAUGCAGCGGCAAAAGUUGCAGGACCACGUGCUCGACGCGGGCCUGCCGUUCCACCAGAUCGGCGACGAGUACGACCGCGCAGCGUACCUCUUGAACAAGAGAUUGCUGUACAACCGGCCGGUGAUCGGGCAGCUUCUGGGCGCGCUUGCCCAGCUCGUGGUGCCGUACAACGUGGCGCUGUCGUUGGAGGAACUACAUAACUUGAGCGACGACGUGGCCUUCUAUGCGGGCGACAUGUCGAACGACACGGCGUGGUACGCCAAGCGCAUGUUGUUGUCGUCGAUCUACGUGAAGUCCGAGUUGUUCCUGCUCCAGGACAACUCGCGAGACUUCGAGCGGACAAGGCGGUUUGUCGACAGCAGCGUGGCGUCGGUCCGGUCCAUGGGCAGCGCGUACACUUCCGUGGAGCAGUGGGCCGUUUUCAACGCCAUUUCGCUGGUGAACUUGAUCAAGAGCCAGUUGGCGCGCGGCUGA